AUGCGAUUUGGUACAUCAAGAGCUCCACCGCCAGGCAUCAACAAUGCUCAGUUGAGGGUAUCCAGGGUGGAGCCCGCUGAUGAUCCCAUUUGGGAUACCCAAAACAGCACUUUGGGUUUCCAAAAGAUCUAUGCAAUUUCCAUGGCACAUCGUCCCGAUAAACGGGAUUAUCUUGCCCUCAUGGCUUUGGUAUCGCAUCUCGAAAUUGAGUUUGUAGAUGGUGUGAAUGCAUCGUUGAUGCACCCCAAAGCAUUCCCAGCUUUUUGGAGAGGUGAAGAGGGCCUCGGUGCGUACGGUUGUUGGCGCGCACAUUUGAACGUCUAUCAAAAAAUGGUGCAGAACCAAAUUCAAUCGGCUCUCAUCAUUGAAGAUGAUGCAGACUGGGACGUAUUGCUGAAAUUACAGAUGCUGUCCUUCUCCCGUGGCGUCCGGGCCAUUCAGAAUAGCACCUUGCCCCUACACUCCCCUUACGGGGACUCGUGGAAUUUGCUCACCCUCGGCCAUCUCGGAGUGAACAACAAACCACAUAAGUCGGGAAAGUACUACGUUACCCAUAAUGAUCCGACGGUAAUACCAGAAUCACGGCGUAUCAUUCGUCGUAAGCCGGAUCUGAGCGCGGAAAAGUUAAAGGGGAACCACACACGAGUUAUCAUGGAGGUUAACAAGCUGACCGGCACGGGCGCCUACGCAUUAUCCCUCCGUGGGGCGGCUAGGCUGUUAUAUGACCAGUCACUGCUACCAAACGCUCAGUCUAUUGAUGUAGCCAUACAAGAACUAUGCCGUCAUGAUGGUAACUGGCCCGAACCUUUUUGCCUGGGAGCAUACCCCAUGAUAUUCGGACUGUAUCGUGCCAUUGGAGCUUUAGAUAGGGACUCUGAUCGCAAAGUUGAGGAUAGCAAGAAGGAGUCUGGUUAUAGUGGGCAAAGAAGCAAGCUUAUGCGAAAGAAAGGGGAGAGUAAGUUUACGGUGUUUCCAGUGAGUUUGAAUUUGAGAGGGUUGCUGCAACAGGAGACUAAGUUUCAGGCUGUUGAUCCUGCUCAUGACUUGAUGGCGGAGAUGGAUGUAAGCACAUUUGAAUUCCCGGUGGGUGAGGUGGUUACUGUGGAGCCGGAAGAAUUUGCGACACAAUCGGUCACCUGA